AGCAGGAAGGGGCCUUUUACAGUCAAGGUGACGCACCCCUGCCUGGCCAGCCCAAGCAGCAGCUGGGUCAGCGGGACAACGGGAGCACAGGCCACUUUGAGGGCUUCAGAUGGACCUGUGCCACCCAGACCCCGUGGAGCUGAGCAGCGGGGAGGCGGAGGAGCUGCAGCGUAUCAGGUGGCACCGGAAGCAGCUUCUGGAGGACAUCCAGAAGCUGAAGGAUGAGAUCGCGGAUGUGUUUGCCCAAAUCGACUGCUUCGAGAGCGCGGAGGAGAGCCGCAUGGCCCAGAAGGAGAAGGAGCUGUGUAUCGGGCGCAAGAAGUUCAACAUGGACCCCACCAAGGGCAUCCAGUAUCUCAUUGAGCACAAGCUGCUGAGCCCCGACGUCCAGGACAUCGCCCGGUUCCUGUACAAGGGCGAGGGCCUCAACAAGACAGCCAUCGGCACCUACCUGGGGGAGAGGGACCCUGUCAACCUGCAAGUCCUCCAGGCCUUCGUGGACUGCCACGAGUUCGCCAACCUCAACCUCGUCCAGGCCCUCAGGCAGUUCCUGUGGAGCUUCCGGCUGCCGGGGGAGGCGCAGAAGAUUGACCGGAUGAUGGAGACCUUUGCCACUCGAUACUGCCUCUGCAACCCGGGCGUCUUCCAGUCCACAGACACCUGCUACGUGCUGUCUUUCUCCGUCAUCAUGCUCAACACCAGCCUCCACAACCCCAACGUGCGGGACAGGCCACCUUUCGAGCGCUUCGUGUCCAUGAACCGCGGCAUCAACAAUGGCAGCGACCUGCCCGAGGAGCAGCUUCGGAACCUCUUCGACAGCAUCAAGAGUGAGCCCUUCUCCAUCCCUGAGGACGACGGCAACGACCUCACGCACACCUUCUUCAACCCGGACCGGGAGGGCUGGCUGCUCAAGCUGGGGGGCCGCGUGAAGACGUGGAAACGGCGCUGGUUCAUCCUGACCGACAACUGCCUCUAUUACUUCGAGUUCACCACCGACAAGGAGCCACGGGGAAUCAUACCCCUGGAGAACCUCUCGGUGCAGAAGGUGGACGACCCCAAGAAGCCAUUCUGCCUGGAGCUCUACAACCCCGGCUGCCGGGGCCAGAAGAUAAAGGCCUGCAAGACAGACGGCGACGGCAAGGUGGUGGAGGGCAAGCACGAGUCUUACCGGAUCUCGGCCUCCAGUGCCGAGGAGCGCGACCAGUGGAUCGCGGCCAUCCGAGCCAGCAUCACCCGCGUCCCCUUCUACGACCUGGUCUCUGCUCGGAAGAAGAAGAUUGCCAGCAAGCAGUGAGCUUCCUGAGUGGUGCUGGGGCCCAGCGUCCCGGGAACCCUGUGGCCUGUGGUACCUGAAGACCCACCUCCCGCCCCGGCGCACGCUUCCCUGGCCGCAGACAUCCUCCCUCUCCCCCGUUACCUCGGGCUGACCGUAGAGGGGGAGGCGGAGCCCAGGAGGGUAGUGGGAACCUCAGGGGGCUCAGAGCCCGGCAGGGUGGCACCCUGGCCCUGGGCACCCAGCCGCAGCCAAGAAAGGCCCCCAGGCCCCCGCCUAAGUCCACUACAGCAAAGGGUGAGAAAAGCGAGUGAAGAGAAACCGGCCCCAGAACCCAGCACCCGUCUUCUCUCUGGACAUCAAAACCCUCAUCUCCGAAACAGCUCCUUGCGCUCAGAAGUGCUGUCGGCCCUCGAAGCAGUAGGGGCCAGGGCUCCCUGGGUGCUCCCGCCCUCCUGCUCCUCCUCCUGCUCGGACCAUGCCAGCUCCUCCCCUGUCCUCAGGUCAGGCUUGGACGCACACACAGGGCUCAGCACAAACACACAUACACGCUCACACACGCACACAUAGCUCAGACCCACGGAUGGGACCCCAGGGAGACACCAGGAGCACUGGACUGGGAGCCCAGACUCCUCAGUCUGUCCCAGCUCUGCCUCUGACUCACUGUGUGCCCUCUGCCAAGUCAUGGUCCUUCUCCGGAUCUUGCAAAACUGCAGUGUUUGGGCUCGAAACGUCCUGGCUCCUGCUGGGUCUGGACCCAGCGUCCGGCUGGAAAUGCAGCACCUGCUCACUGAGCUGGGGAGACUCUGGGUGAGAGGCUGCUGGGAAGAGGAGAGCAGAGGGGACUCCACCCUCAACGAUGUCUAUUUGGGGUAGAGGAGCAAGUGGGACCCCUCAAGGAAAUGACAGAGAGCGUCCCAGACAGAUGGGACUCAAGCAGACGGGUGCUACAACCAAGAAGCCAAGAAGAGAGAGCUUUGCGGGCUGUGGUUACCAGGAGGGCUGCCUGGAGGCAGCGGUUGAGCCAACAAGUGACAAAGGGCUCAUGCUUGGAGAGGCAGAGUCUCGGCCACGGCGCCCCUGGAGCAUGGACCAGCAGUGCCACGGUGGUGAGGGGCAGCCCAGUGGGUCCCAGCAUCUCGAGGCCCUCUGCGGCAGCAUCAGAGUAGAGCUGACUUUCCGUACAUGGGUAGCCGGCUCAGUCUCCAGGGAGGCCCAGCCUCGGGGAAGAGUCCACUAGCUGGAAGCACUUCUCACCCCCUCACACAGGCUCCAGGGAGCCCCUAGAGGGAAAUUCCUUGGCAGAGGAACAGGAAACGGGGUUGCCUCUGCCCCACUGCCAGCCCGAGUGGCAAGUGCGUGGGAGCAGGUGGACUCAGGAGGAACCGCAGCUCACCAGGCACGCCCACACAUGCAUACCUUCCACGGGGUCAGGAUGGAGUAGCCGCCCUGGGAGGUGGUGAGAUCCCUGUCUCUGGAGGUGUGCAAGUACCUGGUAGUGAUAUUGCACUAGGGAAGGUCUGGGCUGGGUGCCUUGCUGGACAGUUGAGGAUUUCUACAGGUUCACGUCAGCCUGUGAGUUGAGCCCCACCUCUGCCGCCUCAUUUGGCCUGUGGAGGGGCAGCCA